UAAAUUCAUAUAAUCAUUGAUAGAUACUAAGUGUGUAUACCUAUAGCACAUGUUCACUUGUCAUAAUUACAGCACGUUGGUUUACGUCGCUAGUGCCCCGACAGACACCGCCGUGUACGUAUGGGCCUCCGUACGGUGCCGUACAACGCCCUCGUUCGGCACACCAGACCAAUUGCAAGGCAGGGACAAGUCACUCUCCGUGACCACACACACACAGUACAUAGCUGUAGCACACGAGCUCGCGUGACGGUCUAACACAAACACGCACUAAUAACUGGGAUUUAUACUGGACUAUUGGAUUACUAUUUUUAUUUCAUCACAAAAAAAGCGUCACUAAGAAAACAUGUCUAAACGUAUGCGGGGAUACGGGCUGUCAGCGGAGAUAGACCGAAAGCGAAGAGAUCAAUAUAACAAUGAAAUUGACCGAGAGCAGGAGGCCCGUCUCUGGAUUGAAGAGGUCAUCGGCGAGGAACUGGUCCAGGGUUCCGACAGAAGUCAACCUUUAACGUGGGACGGACUACACAAAAGUCUCAUGGACGGUAUCGUCCUUUGCAAAUUAAUAAACACUCUGUCACCUGGCUCAGUGAAGAAAAUAAACAAACCAAUGACUAACUACCACAAGAUGGAGAACAUCGCCAACUUCCUGUCUGCCAUUUACGGAUACGGUGUUGCUAAGGAGGACCAAUUCAACACGCCAGAUCUCUUUGAGAACGUUAACAUGCUGGCGGUUGUCAACACCCUCCAUGGGCUGGGCAGGGCGGCUCAGAAGAAUGGGUUUACAGGAUCUGUCUUGGGACCAAAAGAAGCGGAUUACAACCCUCGUAACUUUAACGAGGAGGUUAUGAACAAGGGACAGACGGUAAUCGGUCUGCAGGCCGGCUCCAACAAGGGAGCUUCCCAAAGUGGUAUGAGCUUCGGCCGGACGCGGAACAUCAACGAACCUUAUGUGUCGAGCUGAAGUCGUUAUCCCUAGGACUUUAUAAUUAUGUAGGUCAUGUUAUACAAAGUCUCAUUGCUUCAGUAAGAUGGCCUUGAACAGAUCCAUAUCGUAUUUAAUCUCGUAUGUUCCCUGUUUCAGUAAGUUGGUCUCAAAUACACUGCUGAUAAUGCAUACUGUGGACUAACAUGGAUUCUAUUUGAGAUUGGAUAUUGAAGUGUGAACCUUUUUGGGGUAACACUGUGUUGACAUCAGACAGAAGAACAUAGAUUAAGUUAAAUUUUGUUUUUUUUUGUAUUCCAUAAGUAUAAUUCUUAUAAGGUUUUCAAGUAUGAUAUCUAGGUGUAGCUAUUAAUCCCACAAAACAAACCAUUUUUCAACUGAUUUUUUUUUUUAGUGAACGUCAGAAUGUUAUGUUUUGAAUGAAGGUGCCAUUUGACUCUUUAAGUGAACUCCUGGUAAUGUCUGUUUACUAUUGAUAAUACGGUAAAUUAGAUAAUAGUUAACUCCUGGUAAUGUCUGUUUACUAUUGAUAAUACGGUAAAUUAAAUAAUAACGCAUUUGGAGUUCAGGAGUAUGGCAUCACUUUGUUACAUGUGUGACUCUCAACCCUUUCACCCCUAUGUUACUUUAGUAAACUCUUCCAUGCAUUAAUCGGGAUGAGUCCAUUAUGGUAUACGGUGGUGAAAGGGUUCAAUUGAGUUAGCCAAAACACAAAAUACGAUUGUUACAAAGAUGGUUUAAUUAUGACUAAACUUGAAUCUGCCAAAACCUGAAUACAAAUGUAAUAUGUGUCGGUGUAUAAUUUUGUUAUGACUCUAACUUUGAAUUAGCCAAGACAGUAUACAAUCAAUAAGUACUAAAUCUAUAUCAUAGAGUUGUAACCAACGUUUUCUUUCUUUGUCAGUCUCAGUUUGUAGAUCGUUUGAGUUUUAUUUGUAUUAAAUGAGAAAGGACUUCAACGUAUUGUUUUGACUCUAAACCGUCCUGGAAACUCCAGGGGUUACGCUCACCUACACUGAGAACGGAAAUAGGGUAACCCUAGAGUAUCCAGGAUGACUCUAUACGUAUCAGUUCUCAUAGCAAAUUAGCUUCAUUGUUAAUUCAUAUAACUCUACAUGUACCUCUAUGUAACUUUACAUUAAUUCGGUGCAACUUGACAUCAAUGGUAUUUUGUAACUUUACAUUA